CAUGCGCAGAGCGUGUUCAAAACAGUCUCCUUCGAGACGUUGCAGGACGUGGGGCAAGUGUCUCUCUCUCUCUACCCCUCUCACACCUCUCUCCCUCUCUCUCACACGCCUCCCUCACGCCAGGACCGUGGCCCCGACACGAAGAUGACUCUCAACCCGCAGUUCCAGCAGAUCGGGGAGACGUUUGUGAAGCAGUACUAUGCCAUCUUCGACGGUGAGAGAGAAGGCAGGGAGAAGCUGGUCAUCUUUUAUCAUGCAGAGCUAUCAUUAAUGUCAUUUGAGGGAGUUCAAGUUCAAGGAGCUGCUCAGAUUUUGGAGAAAAUAAAGAAUUUGUCGUUCACAAAAAUUGUUCGGGCCAUUACCACCGUCGACUGUCAGCCCACUUUUGAUGGGGGAGUCUUAGUCAACAUUUUAGGGCAGCUUAAGAUGGAUGACGAUCCUCCACAUGGAUUCAAUCAAACAUUUAUGCUGAAGCCACUGGGUGACAGUUUCUUCGUUCAGCACGACAUGUUUCGCUUGGCACUCCACCAUAUUGUCGUAUGAGUGGAGUCGUGAGGGGUCAAGCCUCUACUUACUCACCUUUAUUGUAAGAUGGAUGAGGACCCAGUUCAUGGAUUCUCUCAGACAUUUGUUCUCAAGCCCAUGAAUGACUCUUUCUACAUCCAGCACGACUCUUUCCGUCUCGUCAUUCAUAACAACUAGAUCAUCGCUUCAUUGUCAGUUGCAUGACCACCGACAUCAGCUAGUGAAUCAUCUCCUUACCAACCACAGGCUAUCAAUCAAACUAAGCUUUAGUAAUGUUUGCAUCAGUGACAGAUGUUGAAAGCAGUUUGUAAUACUGUAUUUCUGAAGUGUACUGAGAAAAUGUAUUUUGUGUAAGAUGUGCUUAAAGACUCGUAAUGAUAAUGUAGACUUAACUUUUCUCACCGAGAAAUGUAUAACAUGAUGCAUACAUUAUUGACCUAAUUACUGCAUCAGCUAACUUGAAAAAGCAACAUUAUUGAUAAAGGCAAAUGACAAUUGAUGAUUGAUUCACCACCAGAACACAAAUUUAUCUACCGGCUGCCUUCUUAGGUCGACAGAUGGCAUUCCAAGUAGUUACUACAAGGAAAUCACAUUGUGAGGGUAAUCACUGUGAACUCAUACGCUUAAUGUCCUGUAAAUGGGAACCGAUUGGUUUUGUUAUAUGGCGCUGUUGCAAGUUUGGAAACAGCUGACUCAUAUACGAGUGGCAUUUUCUUGGCUGUAUCAAUGUUAAGAUUAUGUUUGCUUGAUAUGCUGCUUCUUGAGUUUCCAUCAAGUUUUUAAUUCUAGGAAUAAUGCCACUUGCUAGGUUAAGGAAUGUUGUUACUGAUUCGACAGAUUUUUAUGCUGCACACAUAAGGAGCAUUUUGUUGGUGAUAUGAAUGCAAGCCGCAAAAUAGUUUGAAGAUGGGGUAAUCUCAUCAGUAUUAAUUGGUUUCAGCUUUCAGCACAACCUCUGCCUUGUAAUAGAUAUUAUGUCCAUCGGGCUAAUGAACGUUUGGGAUGUUAUUGUUCUGAAGUGAACGUCAACGGUGUUUUCAGCGUGUCCUUUCCCCAUUAUGAAUGUUAUAGAAAUGUCUGGCCUUUGGUGUAUAUCACGGAAAGGUUGGUACCACAACUGCCUCAUAGAUGGUGCGUUUUCAUGUUUCUGUUAUACAGUCUGUGAAAUGUAAUAAGCUUGGAGGGCAUUAUGUUGAGAAUGAGUUUCAGUUUAUAACUUUUUACCUAAAAGUAAGAACUUUAAUUUGUGAUGGUAUUUGUAUACUUAUUUAUUUAUUGAUAAUUUGUAUUCCCUUUUUCUCUCCAUAAUCACAUUCUUCACCCGCUGCACCCCCACUCACGCACCCGCUGCACCCCCACUCACGCACCCGCUGCACCCCACUCACGCACCCGCUGCACCCCACAGACACACCCGCUGCACCCCACAGACACACCCGCUGCACCCCACAGACACACCCGCUGUACCCCACACACACACACACACGCUGAACCCCACACCCCUGCUGCACCCCACACACACACCUGCUGCUCCCCACACCCCCCCAUUCAUUCAUCCCAUUCAACCCCCCAGUGUACCAAAUUUAUGUUCUCUGGGGGAAUUUCUUGUUUCUGUUCUUACACGAGACCUCUCCUCCAUAGUGCCUCUGGAACCUCUUCGUUUCUAAGAGUGUGAGAAGCACAUUCAUGGCUCGUCAAUUACUUCUGUGGAUUUUUUUUAUUUUCUUGUAGUCUGAGAAUGAAGCAUUAAUACAUUUAUGGUUCUGUAUACUGUAAUGCAUAAAAUCUAUUGGUUAUAAUAAAAGAUAGUGAAUUUGUACACACUAAAAUGGCCUAAAAGAAAUGUUUAUUUUGGUGUUUCUGAGUUCAGAUAUCUAGCUGGAUAAUUACCAAGCAUAUCGGCUAUUAAAUUACUAAAUGGCGUAACACCACAUCAUUUGGAAUAAAACAAAAAAGUAUUCAUACAACUUAAUGUGUAAGGGCAAAUUGUAAAUUACAAGUCUUACUACAGUGUAAUCUUUAGUCAUCAAAAUGUCUAUUUUGCUUAGUUUGAUAGUGCCUAUUGUACUAUGAUAAUGAGGAACUUGUUAAUGUCUGGGAGUGUGUAGUUGCAGCAUUUAUAUAGUCGGGGUACCAACUUCUUAAAUCUCGUUUAUCAAGGCCACCUGGGUAACUUUUUUUUUUGUGCGUGUGAAUUUGCCCUUAUAUGAUCAGUAAUUUGUUUAAUUAAAAUGAUAUUCUUACAUAA